AUGUCGUCGUCGACUCCGGCAACUUUCAGCGAUGUCAUGCUCAAGCCAUGGAAUCUCCAACAAACCGACUCGUUCAUGUCCACAUUUAUCCCACUUUCAUACAAGAUCGCUGUCGCAUAUCUUGUCGUGAUUUUUGUCGGGCAAAAAAUCAUGAAAAACCAUAAGCCAUUUGAGCUUCAAGGACUUUUGGCCGCCUGGAACUUCAUGUUCUCCAUUUUCUCAGGAAUCGCCGCUUACAAACUUAUCCCGGAGCUUGUUGGAGUGUUCGCCAAGGAUGGAUUUGUAGCUUCGUAUUGCCAAAACGAGUCGUACUACACUGACCCAUCGACUGGAUUCUGGGGAUGGGCCUUCGUUAUGUCAAAAGCUCCGGAACUCGGAGAUACCAUGUUCUUGGUGCUUCGCAAGAAACCCGUCAUUUUUAUGCAUUGGUACCAUCAUGCUCUCACCUUCGUCUACGCCAUCAUCACCUAUUCUGAGCAUCAAGCUUGGGCUCGUUGGUCUCUUGCUUUGAACUUGACUGUCCACACCGUCAUGUAUUUCUACUUCGGAGUCCGUGCUCUCAACAUCCAGACCCCAAGACCAGUGGCUAAAUUCAUUACCACCAUCCAAAUCAUUCAAUUCAUCAUUUCUUGCUACAUCUUCGGACAUCUCGUCUUUAUCAAAUCUUACGAUCUCGUUCCAGGAUGUGCAGUCAGUUGGAAUGUUCUCAGCAUUGGAGGAAUCAUGUACCUCUCAUACAUGUACCUGUUCGCCGAGUUCUUCUACAACGCCUACAUCAAGAAACGCAAUCCGAAGAGCAAGACCAAUUAA